AUGACUCUGGCUGCAGAGUAUAAUCCAGAAAAGGUGAAGAAGGCAGAGAAGUUGGAAGAAAACCCAUAUGACCUGGACGCAUGGAACAUACUGAUUCAAGAAGCACAGGUUUAG